GUACACUUUUAGCAACAUGUUCCAAUGAUCAGACUAUAAGGGUUUGGAUUGUUGCUUCUAAAGAGUGCAAGUGUGAUUUCCAUGAUCAUGAACAUGUGAUUGAGGAUAUCAAUUGGGCUCCAGAAAGUGCCCAUCAUGUAAUCAAUGAAGCUGCAGGCAUGGAGGGAGGAAAGAAAGGGGGAAGUCCUGGCCCAUUUUUAGUGUCUGGGUCAAGAGACAAGUCAAUCAAGAUAUGGGAUAUUAGUGCUGGUGUCUGUCUUGUUACACUGGUUGGCCAUGAUAAUUGGGUGAGAGGAGUAAUGUUCCAUCCAGGAGGAAAGUACAUAAUUAGUUGUUCUGAUGACAAAACUCUUAGGAUUUGGGAUUAUAAAAACAAAAGAUGUGCAAAAACAUUGGUUGCACAUGAACAUUUUGUGACUUGUAUAGAUUUCCACAAGUCUAGCCCAUUUGUCAUCACUGGUAGUGUAGAUAUGACAGCUAAAGUAUGGGAAUGCCGUUAAACACCAACAAAUUGAUCUAACAUCAAGUGAAAUAUACAGUAAUUCUAGCAACCAAGUCACCAAUUCUCUAGCAAAAGAUAUUGACUGUUUUAUGUUGACAACUAUGGCUGCCAGCUGGCUGUUAUGGGACUAAUAUAUACAGCAGCAAGAUACAACAAUUAGUUACAUCUUAAAAAUCAAGCCUGGCUUGCCACUAAAGGGUAUCUGCAGGACCUCAGUUUGCAGAUGUUUUGAUUGACUUACCAAGACUCAAAGAGACAUUACACUAUUAAUAUUUUGUAUGCUAAAAUGUGAGCUAGAAUUGACUUGUAGUAGGGAUGCCAUUAUUUUGAAAUUAGGUCUAUAUAACAUUGAAGUGAGAUUAUUGACAUCUUUUAUGCCUUGUUUCAAGGUUGGCAAAAUAAAAACAUGUACCUAAGUUUGAUGCAUUUUAAGGCUAUUAAUGCAGUUUAUUUUAUUUGUCCAUCUCUUUAACAAACUAAACUUUUUUCUUGCUUCUCCUUUGAGCGAACAAAAAGUUCCUGCACUAGAAACCGUUAUCACAUGAUUUAAAAAUAARAUUCAUUGCUAUUUUGUGGAAUUUAUGCAUUUUCCAAACAAUUUUGUGUUUUUUUUUUCUUUUCUAAUUCAAAUUAGCAAAGAGUUGCAGACCCAUUACUAGAGAUGCCUAAAUCUGAGGGAGAAGACAAAAUAAUAUUGCUCUCUUAGUGUCCAGAAUCCAUUGUUUUGACCCUUUAGAUUGUGCUUCUCUCUCAGGAUACAAUAGACUCUGAAGCUAUUAUGCCAUGUCCUGUAUAGACAAUGCAUUGUAGGACAUGUUUGGGACAGAAAAUGGUGGAUUUCUGUUUUUUCCCUCCAGAAACUAAUCCCACAAUGCAUUGAAAAUCAAGUAAUGAUAUAGAAGGUUCAGAAGUCUAUUGGUGGUCCCUGUUAUUUUGAGUAUGCAUAACUAUACUGUAUAUUUGCAUAGAACAAGGACACUGGUCCUCUACAAUGUCUAUCACAGGAAGUAGUUGUAUAAAAAAGKAGUGCUUUAUUUUUCAAAGUCAAAUUAAAUGUCAAAUUAAUUCA